AUGAUCAAAAUUGAUUUAACAAAACCUGUAUUUCUUAAUUUUAAUCAAUCAAAGUUUUGGGAAAUCAGCCUGCUUGAUGGAAAUAAAUCUUAAAUCAGAUAUGGAAAGUUGGUUUAAGGUGAAGAGAUUGAAGAGAAAACUUAAAUUGUCCAAAAGUAGCACAAAGACACUGACUCUUGUUUAGAUUACAUAAUAAGAGUGAUUGAAAACAAAAAAUUGAAAGGAUAUAGCGGAGAUAUUCCCAUGAAAAAGAAUGAGCCUUAAAUCAUCAUUCCUGCAAAUAACGCAAGUGGAUUUUCAAUUUAAAUUUCAGCACCUAAAUCUGUUGAAAAUAAUGCUAACGAUGAUAAAGAUUCUAAAGUUGAUUCAAAUACUCAAGCGUAUUUAUAGGAAAACAAAACUUGGUCAUCAUAAUUUGUAAUUUUAACUCUGUCUGGCAAUGAAGUAGAAGAAAUUAUAGGCAAACUAGGAAUAAAAAAGACAUGGGAAAAAAGUUCUACAAUAUUAAGUGCAAACUAGUGUAAAUUGUAUUUCAAAAAUUAAAUUGAGGAAUACGAAAGAAAGGGAUAUGUGAGAGAUGAUAGUCAAUAUAAUUUUUAGCUAAAUGAAGUUAAUAAACACUUUUCAGCAUAAAAUGGAUCUAGUAAUAAUAAUUAGCUUGAUCUCAACUAGAAAGGCAAAAAGAAAAAUUUUAAUAAAGAUUCAGGGUUAUACGACGAUUCACAUUCAAAUAUUUCAGGUAUCUCAGAUUAGUCAGAUUUAACUGCUAGGUCUGGUGGCUCUUAAUUAGAUUUAUCAUUCGACAAGGGUGAUGAUGAUGAUGGUAAUAGCUCAGUUGUUGUAACUGGAGAAAUUAAAAAAGGUUCUUUAGGUGCUAACGGAAGUAUGGAUUCAGGUGUACUUUUAGCUUAAGCAAUGCCAGAUGAAAUGGAUCCAACUGGCUGGUAUGCAAGUGAAAAAAUGGAUGGAGUCAGAGCUGUUUGGACUGGAAAGACAUUUUAUUCUAGGAAUGGUAACGAAUUCUACCCUCCUCCAUUUUUCAUUUAAAAUUUCCCAAAUUGCACUUUAGAUGGGGAAUUGUUUACAAAAAGAGAUGAUUUCUAGCGUUGUGUGGGUAUUGUUAAGACAAAAAAUGGAAAUGAAGAAAAAGAUGAAAGGUGGAAAGAUAUUGUUUACUUAGUUUACGACUGUCCUAAAUUAUUAAAACCCUUUAAAGAUAGAAUAAAAGCUUUACAAGAAUAAAUUCCAAAACUUGGUAACAAGUACAUUAAAGUUCUUCCACAUAAGAUAGUGGAGAGCAGAGAAUAACUUGAAUCAGAGCUUGAUAGAGUCUUAAAAAAUAAUGGCGAAGGUUUGAUGUUAAGAGAUCCUAAUUCAAUGUAUGAAUGCAGAAGAUCAAAAACCCUUCUUAAGGUAAAAACAUUUACAGAUGAAGAAGCUACAGUAAUUGGGAGUGAAAGAGGUGAAGGAAGAUGUGCAGAUAUGAUGGGUGCUUUGGUAUGCCGUAUGAAAAAUGGAAAAGAAUUCAAAAUAGGAUCAGGAUUCAAUGAUGACUAAAGAAGAAGGCCACCUAAAAAAGGAAGUGUGAUAACAUUCAAAUACCAAAAUCUUACCAAAGAUGGUAAACCAAGAUUCCCUAUUUUCUUGAGAAUAAAAGAAGACGAAUGA